AUGGGGACCAUAAACACAGGUCAACCACCACGCACUACCAUCAGACGGGCAGAACUGGACCGAGACACUGUAAGCAUCCACCCUGGUAGCUCCAAUAGUGCCCAGCUGGAGUCGCCAAGCCACCAGAAUUCACCACUGACCCCAUCCGAAGGAAGGAUGUGUGCUGGAUCCAUAAUGAUACUGGAGAGCAAAAGCGACCAGGAGGGCCAAUCAGACAAGACACUCAACCAAGUUCCUGUAGAAGAUGUGGAACCACUAACAUUAAAUCUUGCUAUAUCAGCUCCAGUUGUUGCGGUAGCUUCUCCUUCUGCAUUGAGGGCAUGGUUAAAUCUUAUUUCAAAAGUUGAUAACUGGAACAACUCCAUCGCUUGCAUAGGUGAGACCACUGCAUCAGCAGCGAAGAAAUUGGGCCUGAAGAGCAUAUAUUACCCAACAACCCCUGGACUUGAGGGGUGGGUUGAAAGCAUUCUUCAGGCGCUCAGAGUCCACAGGACAUCAAAAGAGGCCCCAAAAUGUUGA